AUGGCUUCCGACACUACAUACACCCCCAAAGGGAAGACAGUAAAGGUCGGGCAGUACGACGCCUACUUAGCUGAGGCUCCGGCAGAUAUUGCCCAUAAGGAGUCCGCCAUCCUUUAUGUGUCGGACGUCAUUGGCAUCUGGUCGGACAGCCAGCGCCGUGCUGAUGGCUUUGCCGCCAAGGGUUACACUACCUUGAUAAUUGACUUAUUUAAUGGAGAUUCUAUCAAGAUGAGCGAGUUUCACGAUGUCAACCUUCCCGACUGGCUCAGCAAUGGAAGAGACGGAAAGGGCCCACAUACACCCAAGGAGGUCGACCCGAUCGUGCAGUUUGGCAUCAACUAUCUCAAGAACGACCGGGGCUUCAAGCACAUUGGGGCGGCGGGAUAUUCCUUCGGCACUCGAUACGUGGUCCGUCACUUCAAGAGUGGCAUCGAUGUCGGCUACCUAGCGUACCCGUCCUUCGUCGAGGACAAGGAGCUCGCCGCCAUCACCGGCCCGCUCUCCAUCGCCGCAGCUGAGACUGAUCACAUCUUCACGGACGAGAUGCGAUACAGAUGGGAGAAGAUUCUGAAGGAGAAUGGAAAUGUUUAUCAACUGAAUCUUUACUCUGGUGUGGUUCAUGGUUUCUUUGGCGCCGAACGAGAUGUGGACAAGGUUCAUGAGAAGUUUGCUCAGGAGCAGUCGUUUAUCCAAUCAGUUCAGUUCUUUGAUAGGUUCCUUGAAGGAUUGCGACAAGAUCUUGAUGGCCUCGAGGUCAAGCCACCUGCAAUCUAUCUGGAUGCCCAUGGCGUCGCGCAGGACCAGCUCAUUUACCUGCAGAUCUUGGUGCUACCAACCGGUACACUUUACAUAGUUAACAUGAAAUGUCUUGGUACCGCGGCUUUAUCUGCAACGAGUGACAGCAGUGCGUCGCUCCGCUCCAUACUCGAGUCCAAGUCCAUCCCCAAGGUUAGGUUCGACAUUCGCGCCGCAUCCAAGCUCUUGUUUCGCGAUUUCAAUGUUUCUCUUAAUAGAAUCUACGAUCUCCAGCUGAUGGAACUCAUGAGCAGAGACCGCCACCAAUCCAAAAAGCACCUUACUAGGUUCGCAAAAUGCAUCGACCAGGACAUUCCAAAAUCCAACGCUACUAAACGUCGUUAG